AUGUCGCGCGCUCAUGGGGUCCGCCGCCGGCGCGAGGACUCUGCAGCCAUCGAAAUCGAGGAAUUGGACUCGCGUACAAUGCGCCAGAACUCGUACAACUACUUUCAGCAUCACGGGGCUGGAUCGGGUCCUUCUUUACUGCACACGUCGACUUUUCGCUCAUCUUUGAGUCGCAGUCCGGCGUCCAGGAAGAGGCAGCGGACGCUGGCGGAGCAACUAGACGAGCUGUGUCUACAGGUUUCCAGAAUUGUGGAGCUAGACGAGCUCGGACGCGAGAAAUCCCCGUCCUUGGACGGCAGUGGCAGUGGCAGUGACAGCGACGGAAUGAUGGACGUCACGGGAGAACAGACAGGAUUGAAGGUCUAUGGAGACGCGGCAAAUGUUGGAGGUCUACGCAGCUUCUUCGCUGCAGGGGCAGCAGAGCGUCAUCGACCCAUGGACAAAAUGUAUCGUCACUAUGGUAACGAACUGGUGGUUUUUAGACCACCGACAGCGGUGAAGACGCCGUUUACGCAGGAUUUACCUGCAUAUUUGUCGUUGACGCCACACGAAUUCGAGAAGCUGUCGAUGGCGGAGAAGCGCCAAUGGUAUCAGGCUCACAGACGCUACAUGAGGGAGUUGGAUCAGGCUGCGGCGGAGCAGAAGAGUGAGACUAACGUGGAGACGCAGUUGGAAGCGAAGCCGACAGAUCCUACGGGUGGAUAUGAGUUCGUUAGACGCCGAAGCUCCAGUGGGAGCUCGAGUCGGUCGUAUCAAGUGCUGGGUGUACCCAGUACGGAUGAAGAAGAGGACGGAGCUUUUGGCGGGUUUGGAGAGGAUGUGGAAAUGAUGGAAGAUAUUGAAGAAUCUGCAGCACCGAAGCGUCCACACGCUGCAGGUGCUCUUACACACACGGAAUGGUUUACAGAUGAUGAAUUAUGA